AUGUUCGCGUUCAAGACUCUAACAAUAUUUGGUUUGACGACCAUCGUUCAAGCCAUACGUCCUCCACAAUACAACACCGCCAUUACCGCAGCAGACCUGAUUCGAAUCGCGGCAGACACCGAAUCUUGCACAGAAGCGACCUACGCAGACGAGUGUCGCACCGCGAGCGCAGCAGCACCUGCCAUCGCCAUCAGCUUCACCAAUUUCGCCAUCUCCAGCUUCGGCGCGCAAGCAGCUUUGGUGGCCAUCAUGCUGUUCGAAAGCGGCGACUUCAAGUACAACAAGAAUCACUUCCCGGCACCAGGAAGACCCGGACAGGGCACGAGGAACAUGCAAAGCGCGGAUUUCAACGAAAAGUACGCGGAAUAUUUGUCAAUUGUCUGCACAAAUUGUGGUAUCACUCCUGCAGAUGUCGAGAAGGCAAAAGGCGAGGGACCGGCUGCUGUGUUGGAGCUUGUCAGUGGUGAUCAGUGGAGUUUUGGUUCGGCGGCCUGGUUCUUGAGGACGCAGUGCGAUGCUGCGAUUGAAGACGGGCUUGCGGCAGGGACUGAAGCCGGCUUUAAGAGUUACAUCGAGGAUUGCGUUGGAACGACUUUGACGGGUGAUCGGAUCGCUGGAUGGCAGAAGGUCAUGGCUUUGAAGCAGUGGUGA